AUGGAGGCCAGAGCGCUCUGGCUGCUGGCGGUGGUCCUGGCCUUGGGCUUCACCAGCUCAUCUGGGGAGUACGUGGGCCUGUCGGAGAACCAGUGCAAUGUCCCGGCCAAGGACAGGGUGGACUGCGGCUUCCCCCAGGUCACCCCCGAGCAGUGCAAUAGCAGGGGCUGCUGCUUCGACUCCAGCAUCCCCGAGGUGCCCUGGUGCUUCAAGCCGCUGCAGGAAUCAGAAUGUACUUUUUGAAGCCACACCCGCUGCCCCCGGACACCCUGGGAGGUGAACUUCCACACUCGGGCAUCCUGCCCACUCAUCUCUGCUUUCCUACCACCCUGCUCCCGGCAAGACUUCCUCUGAAAGCUGAUGCCAAGGCCUGACGUCUUAAAGAAUAAAGAUUCAU